CCCUCCGGGGGCUGCGAGACCGGCCCCGGCCGCCCGGCCCCCGGGAGCUCCAGCCAUGGGCUCGGGGCGCGUGCCCGGGCUCUGCCUGCUCGUCCUGCUGGUCCACGCCCGCGCCGCCCAGCACAGCAAAGCCGCGCAAGAUGUGGAUGAAUGUGUGGAGGGGACCGACAACUGCCACAUUGAUGCUAUCUGCCAGAACACCCCACGGUCGUACAAGUGCAUCUGCAAGUCUGGCUACACAGGGGAUGGUAAACACUGCAAAGAUGUGGAUGAGUGUGAACGAGAAGAUAAUGCAGGUUGUGUGCAUGACUGUGUCAACAUCCCUGGAAAUUACCGAUGCACCUGCUAUGAUGGAUUCCACCUGGCACAUGAUGGACACAACUGUCUGGAUGUGGAUGAGUGCAGCAUCAACCGGGGAGGCUGCCGCUUUGGCUGCAUCAACACUCCAGGCAGCUACCAGUGUACCUGCCCCGCAGGCCAGGGCCGGCUGCACUGGAAUGGCAAAGAUUGCACAGAGCCAGUCAAAUGUCAGAGCAGUCCUGGUGCCUCGAAAGCCAUGCUCAGCUGCAACCGGUCUGGCAAGAAGGACACCUGUGCCCUGACCUGCCCCUCCCGGGCCCGGUUUUUGCCAGAGUCUGAGAAUGGCUUCACGGUGAGCUGUGGCACCCCCAGCCCCAGGGCCACUCCAGCCCGAGCUGGCCACACCGGGAACAGCACAAACUCCAACCACUGCCAUGAGGCUGCAGUGCUGUCGGUUAAACAGCGGGCCUCCUUCAAGAUCAAGGAUGCCAAAUGCCGUUUGCACCUGAGAAACAAAGGCAAAACGGAGGAGGCCAGCAGAAUCCCGGGACCAGGUGGUGCCCCCUGCUCUGACUGCCAGAUCACCUUUAUCCACCUCAAGUGUGACUCCUCUCGGAAGGGCAAGGGCCGGCGGGCCCGGACCCCUCCAGGCAAGGAAGUCACUCGGCUCACCCUGGAACUGGAGGCAGAGGUCAGAGCCGAAGAAACCACAGCUGGCUGUGGACUGCCUUGCCUCCGACAGCGAAUGGAACGGAGGCUGAAAGGGUCCCUGAAGAUGCUCAGAAAGUCCAUCAACCAGGACCGCUUCCUGCUGCGCCUGGCAGGCCUUGAUUAUGAACUGGCCCACAAGCCGGGCCCAGGAGCUGGGGAGCGAGCUGAGCCAGCAGAGGCCUGUAGGCCUGGGCAGCACCGUGCUGGGGCUAAGUGUGUCAGCUGCCCGCAGGGAACGUAUUACCACGGCCAGACGGAGCAGUGUGUGCCAUGCCCAGCGGGCACCUUCCAGGAGAGAGAAGGGCAGCUCUCCUGCGACCUUUGCCCUGGGAGUGAUGCCCACGGGCCUCUCGGAGCCACCAACGUCACCACAUGUGCAGGUCAGUGCUCUCCUGGCCAAUACUCCGUUGAUGGGUUCAAGCCCUGCCAGCCAUGUCCACGCGGCACGUACCAACCUGAAGCAGGACGGACCCUGUGCUUCCCUUGUGGUGGGGGCCUCACCACCAAGCAUGAGGGGGCCAUCUCCUUCCAAGACUGUGACACCAAAGUCCAGUGCUCCCCUGGUCACUACUACAACACCACCAUCCAUCGCUGUAUCCGCUGUGCUAUGGGCUCCUAUCAGCCUGACUUCCGUCAGAACUUCUGCACCCGCUGUCCAGGAAAUACAAGCACUGACUUUGACGGCUCCACCAGUGUGGCCCAGUGCAAGAGUACGUGGCAGCCCAAGCUGUGGAAAAAGGGGCAGAGAGAUCGCCAGUGUGGUGGGGAGCUGGGUGAGUUCACUGGCUAUAUCGAGUCCCCCAACUACCCAGGCAACUACCCAGCUGGCGUGGAGUGCGUCUGGAACAUCAACCCCCCACCCAAGCGCAAGAUCCUUAUCGUGGUACCCGAGAUCUUCCUGCCAUCUGAGGAUGAGUGUGGGGACGUCCUCGUCAUGAGAAAGAACUCCUCCCCAUCCUCCAUUACCACCUAUGAGACCUGCCAGACCUAUGAGCGCCCCAUUGCUUUCACGGCCCGCUCCAGGAAGCUCUGGAUCAACUUCAAGACGAGCGAGGCCAACAGUGCUCGUGGCUUCCAGAUCCCCUACGUCACCUAUGAUGAGGACUAUGAGCAGCUAGUAGAAGACAUUGUUCGAGAUGGCCGGCUCUAUGCGUCUGAAAACCACCAGGAGAUUUUAAAGGACAAGAAGCUCAUCAAGGCCUUCUUCGAGGUGCUGGCUCACCCCCAGAACUACUUCAAGUAUACAGAGAAACACAAGGAGAUGCUGCCAAAAUCCUUCAUCAAGCUACUCCGCUCCAAAGUUUCCAGCUUCCUGAGGCCCUACAAAUAGUGCCCAUAGGCCCAAGACCCAGGUUUUAAAGCCCCCAGACUCCUUAGCCCUCAGAGCCAGCAGCCCCCACCCUCAGAUGAGGAAUUCUCUCCUCUCUUUCUUUUUGGAGAAAAAAAAAAAAAAUCACUAUAGACCAAGCAGUCUCCCUUUCUGUAUCUCUAGCUUCCUCUUCCUGUCUCUCUCUGCUUCUCUUUUUCUCCCUCUCUCUCUCUCUUCACUGCGUUCCCUUUUCCUAUAUGCCCCCUGGAAAAGCCAUUAAGUGCUGGCUCUAUUCCCCCUGAGGGGUGAAAGAACAGUGUCCCGUUCCCAGCCACACUGCCCAUUUUACCAGCUCACAUCCCUGGCCCCAUCAGCCUGUAAGGGUGAUAGAAACCCUUGAAGGAAGUGGGUCUAGUAGGAAAUGAGGAGGGGGAAGAAGAGCUUCUGCCAUUAUAGGGUUGUGCCUUGCUAGUCAGGAGCCAAAAUGUCCCCUGGCUGUGCCCCCCGCCCAGGGUUCUGCCAAAGAAGCCUUUGACUUGUAGGCUUAUUGCCAGCACGGUCCUCUGGGGCACAUGGUCUGAGCCCUGGACUGCCCACACAGCUGGCUUUCUUGUCUAUACAGCUCCUCUCCUUCUUCCCCCACAUGUCUGCCUGGUGUCCAAUCCAUGAGGGCUUACAAAAGGCCCAGACCACUGGGCUAGUGGACACCAGCUGACUGAGGAAAAGCAGCAGGCAUUACCACGUCGAAUGUGCCGCUGUCACUCCCCAAGAGAAAGACUAUAGCUCUCUGCAGGACAGAAACCAGGUUUUAAAGCAUCACCAAAAAAUGAAGAAAAAAAAAAAAAAAGAAGAAAAUGUAUCAUCUAAAGAACUAGCCUACAGAACAAUUGGGAAGCCAGCCUCAAACACUAAUCCCUUUUCUUACUUAUCUUCCUGGCCCAGCCAUCUCCUCACCCCUACCUAAGUGCUCCCUGGGGGAGCCCUACUCCCCUUGCUAAGUGUUGUCCUUAAAGAAACAUGGCUGUGACCAGAAGCCAGCCUGGGUCUUGCCCCAGAGUUAUCUUUCCCUGUAGCCCCAGAUGGCUUGUGGGCUCCACCAAAGAGGACCCUGCUCUGCAGCCAGCCCAGAGCCACCUACCUCUGGCCCCAGGCUGUGGGCAGCAAGAGGAAUGUGUGCACACUUGGCGAGCCUUCUGCCCACCCUGUCCACAUCUAAUAAGUGCAAUCAUUUUGAGUCUUCCUAUGUUGUCUAGAGGGAGGGGUUUUUGUUUUCUGGUUUUGUUUUUUGUUUUUGUUUCUUUUUCCUCUAUUAGAACAACCCUAUUUAUAGCUGCCCAAGAGAGAAGAGUGUAUGUCUGAAGUGGAAGAAAAAAAGUUUUGAAUCUCAUGAACACCUUGAGUGCUGGAACAUCUGUCUCUGCUCCCCCACCAGUGGCCAUCCAGACCUCUCGAGCCCUCAGCUGGGGGAACUCAGAACUGUAGCUCAGAGGCACCUGAUGUGUAGGAGAGUAAUUCUGGGGACUUGAUGGAGCAGGAAGGAGUGGGACCUAUGUUUGCUAAACCAAUCCUGCCAUCUCUAUGCCUCUCUAUGGAUUCAGCAUGGACCUCAUGAUUGUAGAGGCCGAUGAAUUGGUCAGUGAUUCUCUACUCCCAAGUAGGGAAAGCCUCCAUCUUUUCCCUGCCUUCAUCCUGUUUUCCCCGAUGUGCACAGGACAAACCCCCUGGGGAUGGGCUGACUCAGGCCCCUGAGGCCAGAGACAAGCUAUGGCUAUGGGAACCAAGAAUCGGACAGUUACCCAGGCAUGAAGUUUGCCUGACCUUAGCCACUCUGCCUACCUUACCUGUUUGCCAUUCCCUCUCGGCGUUGACUUCAAGCCUAGCUUCCUCCAUUACUGCUUUUCAAAAGGAAGAAUCAAGUCCAUGCCCAAGCCCACAUCGUGCACACAUUCUCCCCUCAUUCUGCUGCUGCCUAUAAAAUUAUUUCCCAUUUGCUCCUUUUAGUUCCCCCAAAGCUAUUCAAUCAAAGUAGUCCUAUUCAAUCAAAGGCUACCAAUUAACUCCUAGGGUUCAUUUGUAAUUGACCGUCCAGGCUACUGCUCCUCCCAGGAGAGGCAACACUAAAUAAAGAAGCCUACACCAUCCCCUCACUACCUAAUCAGUAGCAUUCACCAGCCAAAGACAGCCUUAGGCAGUAGGUAACCAAUGUCCCAGAUAGUUCCCCUGAUAUCCAUUAGCCAAUGCCAUGGCUCUUAGGAGUGGAAUAUCUGGCUUCCUUUGUCUCUCUGAGUCAAAGAGUGCUCUGCAAAAGAUAUAAAAUACCUACUUCCAAGAAAGAAAAUGGUCAUUUAAUAGAAGUAUCCACACUUCCCAGGAAAUGCCAUGAAAACUGCUUGAAUCAGCUCUGACCAUCUUAAUUCUCCACCAGAAGCCAGGAUAAUUUUCUGAUUCUCUCCCUACCAUUUUGCAUCUCUCUUAAAAAGUUAAACAGAGUAGUUCCCAAUUUAUGCCUUCAGGGUCUUGCUUCUUGCUCUCCUCCUUUCCUGUCACCCCAUAUAUACACAUAAACCUACUUCCUCCGAUAAUUUAUUCCAUGGUUUCUGGGAACUGCAAAUGAUUUCCACAGCAUGGAAAGUAUAGACCACUAGGCUUCUUAACUGAUGUCAAGACAGAUCCUGGUGAGCAGGGAAUGACCUGCUAAUGUCCACAUUUAAUUUAGGUCAUCCCACUUGGGGGUUAACAAUCCAGGCAAAGCUGCUGCUGAACCUAGGAGGAAGCCAAUCCUAGGGCAUCAAACUAGGGCUUAAGUGGACUGAAUGAGGAGUCAACACUCAGGGAUUCUCUAGACCCUUACAGGUCAGACAGAAAAAGAGGUUUUUACCAGUGUGGGGAAGGAAGAAGAUGGUGUACGUGGGAACUUUCAUGAACCAGUCCCGAGGCCUCUCUGCAGGAGGGGGUGUUACAGGACUGCAGUACUGUGAGGCCUCAUUUAUCCAAGUACAAAACCUGCACUGCUCUGGGUCUGGGAGUGGGAAGCCAUUUCUGCAAGGGCUCUGAGCACCAAGUGAUGCAUAUCAGAAAGGCACUUCAAACCUCAGCAAUGCAGCAAUCCCUUUUCACUUCUCUGCUUCCCUUUUUCGUAUUAGGCCUGGUCCAUUCCCUAAACGUGAGGGAACUCUCACAGUCAGAAGAGAACUGACCAAAGCCUGGACUUGAGCUGCCCUGCCCCAGGGCUAUAAAUCCCCAGAGGCAGACACUGCUCUGACUUCCCUAGGAUUGAGUUAGUUUGAGGUAAUGAAGGCUCAGAUUUGUUGCUGCAAAUUCAGGAAUACAGUCAUGGUCUCUGUCCCUAAUGAAAUUGUUUAUAUGUAAGAAGUAUUCUCCAUAUUCAUGUUUGAAGGGACUCUGUAGUGGAUUGGAUGGUCGUAUAUCAAAAUGUCAGAAAACAUUAUAGAGCAUUCAAACUUUUGUAUUCGCUAUUUAACCUCAAUAUAACAGGCUCAAACUAGGGGAAGGGAGACAGUAUAACUGACCAUAAGCAGAAAAUAAUGUUAACCUGCUUGGCUUCUUUCUAAAGCACAAUAAAAGAAAAGUGGAAGCAAACAA